AUGCGCAUAAUAGAUGUUCUAGCAACUGUUGCUAACAAUGGCACAACCAGCUUCAUGCGUCUCUACCGCACUAAGAGUGAACGUACACCUGUUCCCAUUGACACAAUCCUCCAAAAACCUUCAGCCUACCGAUUUGUCUUCCAGAACCCCCUGGACCUGCACAAGCUCCUCGAAGACCCCGAUCCCGCCAGCGUGGCCAUAUGCCAGGGCAUGAAAAUGCUACGACUUGACCUCCUACAGCACUUCACAGAUGACAAGUUGACUUUCAUGGAAGCCGCGACCGAGGAUUCAAAGAGCGUCGAUCUGCGAGCCCUCAUGGAGAACUGGAGAAAUGCGUGCCGGAAUAUCCCAAGGCAGCAUGGUCUCGAAGAACUGACGUUUGAUGUGUCCAGUGCAAAUGAGCUGUGCAAGUUGCACAUAAUUCGCAGAACCAUUCAGAUUAUCAGUACGACUCUGGUUCUCAAGGCAGCACAGAAUUUGCGCUGUGGGAUCCAAGGGGCGGGCAGCUUGAACCAUAUGCAGAUGCGCCAUAUGCAGAAGUCUCUUGUUAGUCGCUAG